CCACCAUCACCACGACUCCAUCUUUCCCUGCUUUUCGCUAUCUGAUGACUUGGCGACACCUUACGCUCGUUACAUCUGUAUCAUACAUCGCAAGCGUUCAUUUUUGUUCUUUCGUCAUCCCAGAGCCAUCACCGCGAUCGUCCUAGCGAACUUGGUCUCUUUUUUACGUCCUGCAAUCCUCAUUGACGACCGCCCUUUGACGAGACCACCCUCUCGUUGCUGGAAAGAUAUAAGCAAAGUCAUUUUGCAGCCUGUCCCGAGUCGGUAUUCAUCGACAGCGCGUCUGCUAACUCGAAACACCCCCCUCGAGGGCAUACUGCCCACAAAAUGGGUUUCGGAUCCUUCGAUUCGAUCUGCGAGCAGUCGGCUCUACCUCUCUGCUAUCUACUUGGUAGUCCAACCGAGUUCACCGCCCUCCACAAUCCAGUCCUCCUCCCAGCAUGCAGCGCUCGAUCGAUCGAGGUGGGCAACACCAUCAUUUUCCAGGCCGCCAGUGACUUUGCACACAUUGCCGCCUUGAGCAUGACGGCCAUCAUGAUCUUCCACGUCCGAUCCAAGUUCACCGCGGUCGGCCGCAAGGAGAUCCUGACGUUCUUCUACUUUUAUUCUCUUUUGACCAUUGUCAGUCUGGUGCUGGACGCCGGCGUGUUACAAGCAACAAAUCAGAGCGCAUAUCCUUGGUUCGUGGCAGUGCAGAAUGGCCUUGCCAGUGCCUUGUGCACGAGUCUUCUCAUCAAUGGGUUCGUCGGGUUUCAGUUGUACGAGGACGGCACGACGCUGUCAAUCUGGCUGUUGCGGCUAGGCAGUCUGUUCAUGUUCAUCAUCAGCUUUGCCGUCAGUCUGCUCACUGUCAAGGGAUGGGCUGGCUUGUCCCCAACAAAUACAACGGGACUAUUUGUUGUGCUGUACAUCAUCAACGCUGUCUUUCUGGCUGUCUAUUUCAUCAUGCAGGUCAUUCUGGUCGUCAACACUUUGCAGGAUCGGUGGCCCCUGGGCAAUCUGGCGUUUGGAGGCUUCUUCUUCGUGGUCGGCCAAGUCAUCCUUUAUGUGUUCGGAAAGAAAGUCUGCGAAGGAGUCAACCACUAUCUUGAUUCGUUAUUCUUUGCGACUGUCUGCAAUCUGUUGGGCGUGAUGAUGGUUUACAAGUAUUGGGACAGCAUCACCAAGGAAGAUCUCGAGUUCAGCGUCGGCACGAAACAGGGUCAUUGGGACGUCAAGGAGCAGCUGCUCGAACCUAGCGACGACUAUCGAACCCACAGUGUCUAUGGAGGAGGGCGAGACAGCGUUUAUGACUCUCCGAGCAUGGAGUACCCACCUCAAGCUCCGCACUAUUUCCCCUCGAGCAGAGAGCGAUUGUCUGGCUAUGGUAAUCUCGUUGAGCCCAGACACAGCUAUGGUGAUAUCAGGAAACAAGUUGGGAGUUAUGACGACUAUGAUCAGCAUACACAGUCACCUGUGAGAAACCGUGAACGAGAGUAUGCUUAUUGAUGUGGGCUUUUGCAUGGCGAUGGCGAAAACGAGAAAUGGGAUAUGGGCUGGAUCUUGCAUGGCAUCGAGGCGUUGGGAUUCCCAAGACUGUACGGAUGGAUGUACACGCACAAUGCAUCUAUGAAUGGAGCAAAUGGGAGGGGCAUAUAGGACGACUUCGCCCUAUGGCGGUAAUGAAAAAGGCUUAAUGCAAUCUGCAAUGUACGAAAGAGCUUUGUCAUAGCAAUAUAGUGUAACAACACCCCGGUGUCAUCAGAUAAGAAAUUGAUGAGAUUCUGAUCUA